AUGCAAAAUGAUGAUGUGGAGAAGAUAGGGAAAGUGUUGGAAGAAAAUGGGGUGGCGUUGUUUAGGAGUUAUUCUGAUCGAUCCUCUGUAGUGGAACUCUACUCUCAGCUAAAAGCUUCGCCCCAUUUAGCUUUGGAGAUAUUAAAUUGGCGAAGGAAACAUUUGGAUUAUGCCUCUCCUAUGACCACAGAGGAGUAUGCAAAGGGAAUUAAUAUGGCUGGUAGAUCAAAGAAUGCUGAUCUGGCAAUUGAGCUUUUUAACGAGGCUGCCAAUAAACAGCUAAAAGCAGCAUCUAUAUAUAAUGCACUCAUGAGUGCUUACACGUAUCAUAUGGAGACAACUCUUAGAGAGACAAAGGAUUUAAAUCUCUCCCAAACUGUCAAUACAUACAAUGGUCUAAUCGCUGGGUAUGUUACAGGAUGGAUGUGGGAAGAAAUGGAGAAUACUUACAGGAUCAUGAAGGUAAGUGAUGUCAAACCUGAUCUGGACACUGAUUUGCUGAUGCUUCGAGGAUAUGCUCACUGCGGUAAGCCGGAAAAGAUGGAACAGAUCUAUGAGAUCGUAAGAGAUCAUGUCAAUCAGAAUGAAGUUCCGUUGAUUAGAGCCAUGAUAUGUGCAUAUUGUAAGAGUUCUGAUGUUAAUAGAGUUAAAAAGAUUGAGGAAUUGCUCAGACUAAUCCCAGAAAAUGAUUAUAGACCUUGGUUAAACGUGCUUUUGAUUUAUGUUUAUGCAAGAGAGGAUUUAUUAGAGCGAAUGGAAAAUGCAAUCAACCAUGCGUUUGAACAUAAUACCUCUGUCACAACAAUUGGUGUGAUGCGAUGCAUUAUUUCAAAUUAUUUCCGACACAAUGCUGUGGACAAGCUUGCUGGUUUUGUGAAGCGUGCAGAGUUGGCUGGCUGGAAAAUCUGUCGUUCUCUUUAUCAUUGCAAGAUGGUUAUGUAUUCAGCACAGAUGCGCAUUGCUGAAAUGGAGAGGGUUCUUGAUGAGAUGGAUAGAGUGAAUAUGCACUGCUCAAAGAAAACAUUUCGGAUAUUGCGUAACGCCUAUUCCAGGUGGGGUCAAAGAAAUAAACUUAAGCAGGUUUUAGGGAUGAUGUGCAAGCAUGGAUAUGGGAUUUCUUUGGAUGCAUGA